AUGACACGCUUCUUCCCUCUCUAUGUCCGGAGAUCGGACGGCAAGCUCGAAAUCGCAGCGAAGGGUAAGACAGAGCAGAACCAGCCUUUGCCCGGACAGCUUGACCAGACGCCCGAUGCGAAGGGAAUAUCCGACUACUACCGGGAGAUCUCCGUGGAUGAGGUCAAGCAUCUUGACUGGAGGAGGAAGCUGGGUGGCAUGUUGGUGCGGGAGCUGGGUGGUCAAGACGAUCAAGAGAAAGCCUGUAUACUGGCAGCACUUCCCGAGAACUACCGACUGUACGAACACAUCAAAUCCAAGGGAAACGCUUCCGACGGCAAGACUACAAAGGCCACGAAGAAUCAUGCUGGCGGAGGACACGACCGUCAGGAUGCAUACCUCUACGGACACCCGCUAGGCCGUAAGAAGCGGUACAGAAGCCCUGCCGAGUUCUUCCCGCAUCUCCUAUGGCUCGUCACCGACAAGGCAGGCGAUCCAGACAACUGCACCUGUACGAUAUGCUCGCCGGAGCAGCUGGAAGAGGAGAAACCGGCCAAGGACUCCAAGGCUGCGAUUAAAAAGGAGGACAUACACACCAGGCCCGUAGGCCGAAUAUCGCCAAUAGUCGAAAUACCUGCGCGACCAAGCAGCAUCACCAGAGCCUCACCAGCACCCAUAGCACGACGACCUUCCACAACACCUGUGACCCCCGCAAGUGUUUCCGCGUCCAAACCUCCUACCCCGACACCCCUCCCCCAGCCCCGAUCCCUCGACCAACAAAUCGACGCCCAAUACAACAAAUUCAUCUUCCGCCCGGGCGAACUAGUCUGGUUCAACCGCGGCGUCGCCUGGGGUCUGGGCAUAAUCCUGCAACGCUACUACCUCUCCACCUCCCCCCUGAUUCGCGCCUACAUCGUCCAGCCACUCUCUCACCCGCUCUCGCACCCACCCACCGCAACAAUAACUCAAGAAGCCGAACUCCGCCCCUGGCUCGCUUGGAGCGCGCCACAGUACACGAACAAGUACCUCGCAGAGCGCCCGACCACCUACGACAUGCUGGACUGGCCGGCCUACAUCGAGGGCCGCAUCGGGCCAGGCGACGCGGAAGUCGACGGCAGCAUCAUGGCAGCCAAGGCAAUCGACGCAUCUUUCACGCUCUUCGACCUCAUCAAGACCACUGCGCCCGCCCCCGGCGUCGAGGAGCGCCGCUGGAACGGGCUCUUCCUCGGCGGCGAGAAAGCCUGGGUCGGCGAGCCCGUGCGGUUGCGCAUAGGCUCUGGAUCCGACGUCCUCGUCAUCAUCGAGAUUGUUGAAAAGGUGGCUUCGCAAUUCGCCGCCGGCUCCUCGGGCAGUGGAGCAGGGGGAGUGGCAGGGGGGGCGGGAGGUGCGAGAACUAGCACCAUAAGCCUCAUCGGCGACAUCUACACCUUCUGCAGCGUCCCCCUUUCCUCCUCCGUGCCAGACGACCGCCACCUCCCCCUCCGCAUGCGCGAGGACCUGCUUUUCAGGAACCAGGUCACGGCGCUCACCCACUCAAAGAGCUACUGGAAACUCGCAAAGUCGAUGGCAAAGCUCGGUAUCGCGGAUCUGAAGGGGCGCUGGUACGAGAGCAGUCUCUUGCUGCCGAUUCUGCAUCCAGACUACCAUGAGCGCGUCCGCAGAGGCGAUAUCGGGGAUGCGGGCGUCUGGAUGAAUGGCAGGGGAGAUGGGCUGCCGCAGGGGUCGCCGGGGACAAGGAAGCCGGAACGGAGAGAUGCGUUUGGCAGGGCGGUGCCGGUGGGGACGAGGAUUGUGGAGGGGGUCGAGCCGCCGGUGCAGCCGCCGCAGGAGCAGCAGCAGCAGCAGCAGCAGCAGCAUCAACAUCAGCAGGGCUUGGGUCAUUCUCUUGCUGCCGAUUCUGCAUCCAGACUACCAUGA